AUGCCGGAGCCGCGGGCUGCGCAGCGGGAGGCCCCGGGCAGCAGCGGCGACUGCGGCGACGGGGACGCCGCCGCUGCGGCGACGUGCCUCCAGGUGAUUGCCAUGUUCGCGUUCCUGAAGGUGCCGCUCAUCUUCUUCGUCGGCUUUUUCGGCUUCUUCGCGGAGCGCCAGAUCGACGACCUAACGCUGGAGAGGUGGUCCCGCUCCGCCCUGUCGGGGCAGCCGUCCUGCUACGUGCACAAGCUCGACAUGGAGAGGGCCCCAAAGCACACCGAGUGGAGCCUGGUGCAGUUCAUCAACGACACCUUCAUGGGCGGUCGCAUGGGGGAGCCAAAGGAGCUCACCGUCGACCUGACCCUGGAGGUGGCCAAGAGGGACCUAUGCGGCUUCGACGUGCACUGCAAGCCCGACUCGACCGUGACGAAGAGCAGCUUCGCGACGGGCGGCGUACAGCAUGGCAUCUCUUUCUCCUCGCUGUGGACGCUAUACAAGCUCCUGUACAUUGGCAUCCACCCCGUGGACCGCGUGGCCGUUAGGUUGUUUGAAGUUCCGCCGUUGUUGAAAUUGCUCACGGAGCCGUAUUUCCAACCGCCCUGCACCAAGCCGAUGGCGCUAGCGGUCAAGGCACUGUUCUACGUGCGCUAUAAGUUGAUGCCCAACUUGCUGCUGGGAGCCCUCGCAUCCCUGGAGUCGCACCCUGCCUGCGAUGACCUGGUAUUCUACAAAAUGGAUUGGUUCUGGGGCCAGCUCAUGUACUAUAACAUCUGCAUUGAGUUGUUUUGGACAGCGCUGCUUUACGGCCUGGGCAUGUACUACAAAAUCAACCCCGUCGGGACCUGGAAGUACAGGAUGUACAAGAUCCUAUGGUUUUUGUCUGGCUUCUUCCCUUUUGUGUUUGUAUUCUUCGACGUCAUGACAACCUCACAGUGGAAUAUAUUCAGGCUGAUCCGCUUUACCUUCCGGUGCGUGUUCACGUUCGAUAUCUCGUUUGCGUUUUACAUCGACAUUCUGCAGCUGUUCUUAGCCUUCAUCUCCAUGUUCGAGUUCGUGGAGUUCGUCGCCUUCGUGUGCCAGAUCCUGUGCCCCAAGGUCCUGGAGCGGCAGCCCUGGUUCAAGGCGAUGGACUUCGACUGCUGCGACGUGCCAGAGGCCGAGGCGGGCGAGGACGAGGCCGAGGAGCUCAUCGCCCCCGCGGCGCCGGCUGCCACCGCCACCGACGGCGGCACGGGCGGCCGCAAGGGCAAGAGGCAGCAGCUCAAGUCGGCGCUCAGCGGCUUCGCUGGCCAGCUCGGGCGCGCGGGCACCAGCGGGCUGGGAGCGCUCGGCGGCGGAGCCGGAGUCAGGAGGGGAUCGACCAGCUGA